CAAAGAAUAUAACACCACAACCCCAUUAAGUUAGGCAUUUCCCUAGGCACCCUGUCCAAGAUAUUCUGUAAGGCCUCAAAUAAUUUACACUUAUAAAAGAAGGGGUAAAAAGGGAAAUGUCAAAACAACCAAUGAAGAGCAAGGAAAGAAGGUGGGAGAAAAGGUGGAGGGGACCACGAGCUGGGAUGAGAGAACAGAAAGAGGGGACCACGAAUUGGUUACAAAAAGGCAGAGGUAGGGAAAGAAUUUUCUAAAAGUGAGUGAACUUUUAGGUAGGAGAGAAAGCCAACUCUCUUUAAGGUGCUGGAAAUUUCCUUGUCGUAGUUUUCUUCUUUUGGCAAGGCAGGGGAGAGUAAUUUUGAGAGGAGGGUUGCUGUAUUUUGGGGAAGGGUCAGUGAUGAAGAUCGAAUGUUUGUAAGGAAGAAACCAUAUAUAAAUAAUAGCAAGGAAAGUGCAGAAUAUUCAUCCAUCUGUCUUCUUCUUCUUCUUUCUGUUUUCUUUCUUUUUUAUUGUUCUGUUUUGUGCUCUGUUUAUUGAGCUUGCAGGGGAGAAGAUCGAACGAGUGUGUAAGAGGAUCUUACAAGUGGUAUCAGAGCCCGCUUCAUUCUGGGGCGUACACAAGCGAUGGCUCAGAAACAAGUGGAAGAAAGGCUGGAAAAAAAUGAGAAAGAGGUUUCGGAGAUGAAAGAAAUGCUGCUGGGUUUGUGCAAAAACAUAGAGAAGCUGACAGAAGAAAUGAGAGAAAGCAAUGCAGCUCGAAAGGCUGAGGAAUCGGGCGUUUCUGAUGGGAGAAGGAUGAAAAUGAAAGGGAAAGCUGAUGAAUCAGAGUCAAAUACGAGCAAUGGAGGAGGAGGAUUAGAUAAAAGUAUAAGAGGCUGGAAAUACCCGUUUUCGCUGGUGAGAACCCUGAAUCUUGGGUGUACCGGGCAGAGCAUUACUUUGAGAUACAUGAACUGUCGGAUCAAGAGAAAGUCAAGGUUGCUAUCAUCAGUUUUGGGCCGGAGGAGGUAGAUUGGUUUAGAUGGAGCCACAACCGGAGACCUAUUCGAACUUGGGAAGAACUAAAAAAGAGGAUGUUCAAGUACUAUAGACCUAUCGGAGAGGGAAGUUUAGGCGCGAGAUUGUUGAGAAUAAGGCAAGAAGGGACUUAUGCAGAGUAUGUGAAGAAAUUUGUCACAUAUUCAACACCCUUGCCCGACCUAGCUGAAGAAGUCCUUCGAGACGCAUUUGUUAAUGGGCUGGAACCAACCUUGAGGGCCGAAGUUAUCAGUAGAAAGCCAACUACACUUGAAGAAUGCAUGUAUGAAGCCCAACUAGUGAGUGACCGCAAUGUAGCCCUGAAGAUAGCACUAGCAGACCUGGGAGUCGUGGGGCCGUGCAAGAAGGAAGGCCCAGGCAGGGAUAGUCUAACUCUGAAGAGCGGGAAGAGUGCAGAGACACAAGGAACGAAAAGAAUUACCCUACCAGUGAAGAACAACUUUGUGAAGAAGGAACCAUCCAUGAAAAAACUGUCGGAUAGUGAGUUUCGCAAAUGGCUAGAUAAGGGAUUGUGUUUUCGUUGUAAUGAGAAAUAUAGCCCAGGCCACCGAUACAAGCUGAAGGAGAACCGGGAAUUGAUGUUGUUCAUCACCAAUGAGAAUGAAAAACCUGAUCUGGAACAGGAGGAAAAAGGGGAACCACCGGAGGAAGAAGAAAAAGAGGAAACGGUUGAAAUUGCCUUGAGAUCAAUCUAUGGCCUGUCAGCCAGGGGGACGAUGAAACUGAGAGGGAAAAUGAAGGGAGAAGAGGUUCUAGUGCUAAUUGAUUGCGGAGCCACGCACAAUUUUCUGCAUAAAAGGUUAGUUAACGAAUUAAAAAUACCUAUGAACAAGAAGUUCUCUGUAGUCAUUGGAAAUGGAGACAUGAUAAAAGGGGGAGGAAUCUGCAAGGCCAUUAACUUGGAACUACCCAACCUCAGAGUGAAGACUAACUUUCUGGCAAUUGAUUUGGGACAGAUGGAUGUGGUCCUAGGGAUGCCUUAGUUGUGUACAACCGGAUUCAUGGGAGUACAUUGGCCAUCUUUAACUAUGUCUUUUAUGGCAGGGAAUUCACAGGUCAUUUUGAAGGGUGAUCCAUCCCUAACCAAGGCUGAGAUUUCCAUCAAGACUCUCACAACAUCGUGGGAAGAAGAUGACCAAGGCUUCUUAGUAGAAUUUCAAAACUAUGAGUAUGACAGUGAGGACAAGAAGGAAGGGGAAGAGGAACUCAAACGGUCAGGGGAACUUCCACUUAUGAUCAGGGCCUUAAUCGAAGAAAAUCAAGACAUAUUUGAGGAGAUAAAUGUAAGACAAUAUAAGUAUGAGUAUGACCAUCGCAUCUUGACAAGCACGGAUCAGAAGCCAAUAAAUGUAAGACCAUAUAAGUAUGGCCACUGCCAGAAGGAAGAAAUUGAGAAGUUGGUGGAGGAAAUGUCGAGAGCAGGGAUCUUUUCUAGCCAAGCCUCAGACCAUAUUCCAGCCCGGUCCUACUAGUUAAGAAGAAAGAUGGAGGAUGGAGGUUCUGUGUAGACUAUAGGAAGUUAAAUCAAGCAACAGUGACCCAAUUGCAAGAGCAAAGCUCUACCAACUGAGCUAUAUCCCCCCGGAUCAAUAGUCUACUCUAAGCUAGAUCUGAGGUCAGGGUACCACCAAAUCAGAAUGAAUGAGAAGGACAUUGAGAAGACAGCUUUUCGAACGCAUGAAGGUCACUAUGAAUUUCUUGUCAUGCCAUUUGGACUCACCAACGCACCAGCUACUUUUCAAUCAUUGAUGAACCAGGUUUUUCGACCUUUCCUACGUAAAUUUGUACUUGUUUUCUUUGAUGACAUAUUGGUAUAUAGUCCUGAUUUAUCUACACACGAAACACACUUGGGAGUGGUCUUCAAUGUGCUUAGGGAUCACAAGCUGUAUGCAAAUAAAAAAAAAUGUACCUUCUUUCAGGCGAGGAUCCAAUAUUUGGGCCAUUAGAUAUCAUCGAAUGGAGUAGAAGUUGAUAAUGGGAAGGUUAAAGUGAUGAGGGAAUGGCCACAACCUCAGAAUGUGUCUGAACUGAGAGGGUUUUUAGGGCUUACAGGGUAUUAUACACGCUUUGUGCAAGGAUAUGGGAACAUAGCAGCCCCUCUCACCAAACUCCUCCAAAAAAAUGCAUUUGAAUGGAGUGAGGAAGCCAAUCAAGCCUUUAUGAAUCUGAAGCAAGCCAUGGUCACUGCACCCGUACUAGCUCUACCUGAUUUUUCCAAGAGUUUUGUGAUUGAAACGGAUGCAUCAGGGACUGGCCUAGGGGCGGUUCUUUCCCAAGAUUCGAAGCCUAUAGCCUACUUCAGCCAAAAAUUGUCAGCAAGGGCCCAAGGGAAGUCAAUUUACGAAAAAGAGCUGAUGGCAGUAGUGUUAGCAGUAGAAAAAUGGAGGCACUACCUCUUGGGAAGCAAGUUUACUGUGAUUCUAGACCAGAAGGCCUUGAAAUUUUUGAUAGAACAGCGUGAAGUACAGCCUUAAUUCCAAAGGUGGUUAACCAAACUGCUUGGUUACAAUUUCGAGAUUCUUACCAACCCGAGUUGCAAAAUAAAGCUGCAGAUGCCCUAUCAAGAGUGAGAGAACAAGGGGAAUUGUGCACCCAAUCAGCACCUACUGUUAUCGAUGUUGAAGUGGUUUUGAAGGAAGUCGAGGAGGAUGAGGAAUUAUAGAAAAUCAUCAUCACAUUGAAGGAAGACCCGGAGAGAAUGCCAAAAUAUAAAUGGCAGCACGAUCGCCUAACCUACAAGGACAGGUUAGUUCUAUCUAAAACAUCUAGUUUAAUCCCUGCACUGCUGCAUACUUUUCAUGAUUCGGUGUUAGAGGACAUUCGGGGUUCUUGAGAACGUACAAAAGAAUGAGUGGAAAACUAUACUGGCCGGGAAUGAAGGCAGAUGUAAAGAAAUACGUGGAAGGUUGCGAAAUUUGUCAAAGGAACAAGUUUGAGACACUCACACCAGCAGACUUACUUCAGCCUCUCCCGAUUCCUAACAUGAUAUUGGAAGAUUGGAGCAUGGACUUCAUGGAAGGGUUACCAAAAGCUGAAGGAUAUGAUGCUAUAAUGGUGGUGGUAGACCGAUUGAGUAAAUAUGCUCACUUCACCCCUCUGAAACACCCUUUUUCAGCAAAGCAAGUUGCUGAGAUAUUCAUUAAGGAAGUUGUAAAACACCAUGGAGUACCUCUGUCCAUUUUAACCGAUCGAGACAAAUUUUUUGUGAGCAACUUUUGGAAGGAGAUGUUUUCAACGA